AUGGCUAUUUCCAAGGGGCUUCAGACCCUGAAGUUCAAGGACACGCUGGUGUCCACGGUCGAUAGACCUAUUGCCACCAAGGAGCUGAUUACGCGUCUUCAGGACCUCCACAAUGAGCUAUCCUCGCUCGAUCAGGACAAGGUCGACCUGAAGUCGCUGGAGGAGAUUAAGGACUCGCUGAUCAACAAGAAGCUGCUCAAGCACUCCAACAACGGAGUUCAGACAUUCUGUGCCUGCUGUCUUGCCGAUAUUCUUCGAUUCUAUGCUCCUGACGCCCCCUACAACGCUUCCCAGCUGUCGGACCUGUUCAAGCUCUUUUUUUCGCAGUUCAAGCAGAUAGGCAACCCUGACGGCCCGUUCUACCACCAGCAGACGUACUUGCUGACGCGGCUGGCCGAGACACGCUCAAUUGUGCUGAUUACGGACCUUCCCAACGCAGACACGCUUGUGGAGCAGCUGUUUGAGAUUUUCUACGAUCUGGCCUCUUCCGGGACAUUCAGCAGCAAGCUUGAGCCGCUUGUGUGCGAGAUACUGAGCGAGGUGAUAGCAGAGUCCAGCACCAUCCCCACGAAGACGCUCAAGCUGGUGCUGAACAAGUUUCUGGCCAACACCAUGGUAAUGAAGAAGGGAAACACAACUUUGCCGGGCUUCAAGUUCACCUUGGAGGUGUGCAAUGCGAACGCUGACAGAAUGUCGCGCUUAUUGACGCAGUUCUUUUCCGAAACGAUCUACGAGGCCACCAAGGGCAAGGAAAACGAGCGCACAGAAGACGACAAACAGGACGUGUCUGCUCUGCUGGCACAGCUCAAAAAACUUCACACGUUGGCACUGGAGCUGUGGAAGUACGUGCCCGAGAUGCUUUCGUCGGCCAUGGGGCUGAUUGAGAACGAGCUGGACGCCGAGGACGAGAAGAUCAGAAUCACUGCUACCGAGACGAUUGGCAAGAUCCUUGCCGUCAAACAGCCGCGGCUCAACUUUGCGGCCGCACACUCCGAUGCCUACAUGAACUGGCUCAAGAAGCCGCUCGACAAGUCGCCGCACGUUCGCAGCUUCUGGGUGAAAUCUGCCGUGCAGGUCGUCAACACAAACCCGGACCUUGCUGCCGAUCUGGCGGGCGGCCUGAUCAAGACGCUUGUUGACAGCGACGAGCGCACGCGGCUGACGACGGUGCGGGAGCUGUCGAACGUGCGCCCUGGCGUGUUUAUUUCAAAGGUGGCCAACAAGACUAUCAUGAGCACACUGGGCCAGUUAAUCAGAGAAAAACACGCCGAGAUCCGAAGCUCGUGCCUGCAGCUGCUGGGCUCGCUCUACAACGCCCAUUUUGACGAUAUAUACAAGGACGACAACGUGACUGAGCUUUUGGGCUGGGUCCCCGACGAGGUGCUGAAACUGGUGUACAUCAACGACAAGACCGUCAAUGCGCAGGUCGACCACACGCUUUUCGAGCUGCUGCUUCCGUUUGAGCUGGAAGACGCCAAGCGUGUCGGCCGCCUUCUCACGGUCACAGAGCAUCUUUCGGAGAAAGGCAAGAACUCGUUCCAUGCGAUAGUCAAGCGACAGCCGCAGAUGGCCAAGGCGGUGGGCCAGCUCCUAACUCUGGCGGACACAAAGCCGGCCGACGACGCUGUUUCAAAGAUUGACAAGCUAAUCAACUGGCUCGUGGCCUCGUUUCCGGAGUCGGUGGACUGCCGCGCAGCAUUGAAGCAGCUGGUGAAGCUCAACAACAAGCGGUAUUUCAAGCUAAUCAGGCUGUGCAGCGACAUCGAGACAGACUACAAGACCAUCACGAACUGCACGAAAGAGCUCUUUGGCAGGCUGAACGAGCUGAAAAACAUCAAGCUAGACGGCGAGCCGAGCGUGGCUCCGCACGACAUGCUGUUCACCGUCAAGCUGCUGGUGUACCGCUCGUCUGUGAUAUUCUACAACCAGAGCAACGUGGGCGAGAUCCUGCGGAUCAGCAAGGACCUAGCGCACCCGCACAACGGCGCGGCCCAGGACGCUCUGGAGAACAUUUCCACGGUGGUCCCGGAAGUUCUGCGGGCCAAUAUCUCGACGCUUACUCAGGAAAUCAGCUCGGGCGGACCAGUCGGCGUGAAGGACCUCAAGGCUAUCUUUCAGUUUGGCAAGAAGUUCCCGGAGGUCAUCGUUACAGAAAAUUACGAUGAAUAUGUUACCAGCCUCAAGAGGCUAGCCGUUCACGGCUCGCCUGCCGAGGCGAAGUACGCCGUGCGGCUGCUAGGCCAGGUGCCACGAACGGCCGCGCGCAACGCCGCAGCUGCUGCGCUCCUUGACGAGAUCUGGCCGUUGGACUCUGCCAAGGACAACUUCAACACGUGUCUCGCGACGGUCGCCGAGCUCUUCCUGACUGACCUUGCUCUUCUGGAAGACAAAACCAAAGAGAUCAGCACGUUGCUUGCGUCUCAAAUUCUGCUCCGAAACCACACCGUUGGCGACGACGACGACGACGAAGUGAACGGGUGGAUAGGCCCGGACGAGCUGGAAGCCAAUAGGGACUGCUUGUCGAAAAUUCUGGCUCUGCGGGUGUUUGUGAACUGGCUUAUUGCAGUGGAGACUGCCGAGAACGCCGCGCAGGCGGCCGAACCCGUGCUCAAGCUGCUCACGUCAAUCAUCGGCAACGGCGGCGAGAUUGUGUCUCCUAAAACAGGCACGUACCCAACGCCCAAGAAGUACCAGUCGCGCUUGCGGCUGGAGGCCGGCAUCAAGCUGCUGAAGCUUGCCAGAUACUCGCGCUACAACUUCCUGAUCCAGCAGGACCUGGUGAACAAGCUGGUGCUGCUGAUCCAGGACGAGAAUGAUCACGUGCGUGCGCUGUACAUGGCGAAACUGAAGAAAAACCUCACUCUGGGUCUCAUUUCAGAGCGGUUCUAUGCGCUCGUGUUCUUCAUCGCCCACGAGCCUCAGGACGCUCUGCGCGAGGACACAAAGACGUGGGUGCGUUCCAUGCACAAGCGAAAGCUCACGGCGAACAGAAACGAGCUGCUCUUCGAGAAAUCGUUUGUCAGAAUGCUCAGCAUGCUGUCGCACCACCAGGAGUUUCUCGAACUGCUGGAGUCCGCCAGAACAACGUCAGACUACACUGCCGUGCUGGGCUUCGCGCUCACCUAUAUCGGCCUCGCGCUCGACCUGGUUGCCAACACGAACAACGUGUCGCUGCUCUUCUAUCUCGCCUCGCGAAUGAAACAGUACAGAGACCGGCUCACUCCAGAACUUUCCAGCAACAUGUACCUAGUUUCUGACCUGACGCAGCACACCAUCAAGGCGCUGGCAAAACACAAGAACUGGAGUCUGGCGACGUGGCCAGGCAAGCUGAGUCUGCCGGGCGACCUGUUCGAGUCGAUCGGCGACUCUGCGCAGCUGCACGAGCUCGCCGUCAAGUCGUUCAUCCCGGAGUCUGCGGUCAAGACGCUGGACGACCUGGUGCGCGACCGGACGCGGCAUCUGGCCGGCACCGCUGCCGCGGCCACCGCAGACCGCAAGAGACCGCACGUCGACGAGAAACCGCGGACCAAGAAGAAGCCUGCCGUGGAACCGCAGCGUCGCAGCGCCAUCCAGCGCGCGGCCGUGAAUUACAACGAGGAUGACGAAUUCUAA